GCUACUGCUUCAGCAUGGAGACUUCCAGAUAAACAGCCAAACUCAGCUAAAGAACCGUUUAUAAAGUCCCGGCCUGACUCUGAGCUCCUGUAGGGAUCAUUACUGAGGGAUUAUUAUUACUGAGGGAUUAUUAUUACUGGGGGAUCAUUCAGAGAUAAAACAUCGAGAUUAUUCAUUUAUACAGUCAUGCCCUCCUCCGCCUGUGACUCUCUGGUGGACGAUAUCGAGGACAUGGUGUCCUCCAGCGAGCCGGCUUCUCUCCAGCGCUCCUCCGCCAGACACGCCGUCGUCCCCCGAGUGAGGAAACGCAAAGAUCUCACAGCUAACGAGGAGCUGCAGGUGGACAGUGUGAUCCCGGGCACACAGAAGGUGUGGGUGAGGACGUGGGGCUGCUCACACAACAGUUCUGACGGAGAGUACAUGGCCGGACAACUGGCUGCGAGCGGCUACAAGAUUACAGACGACGCGUCCGAUGCAGAUGUUUGGCUGCUGAACAGCUGCACGGUGAAGAGCCCGGCCGAGGAUCACUUCAGGAACAACAUCAAGAAGGCUCAGGAGCAGAAUAAGAAGGUGGUGGUAGCCGGAUGUGUUCCCCAGGCUCAGCCCAGGAUGGACUACCUCAAAGGCUUGAGCAUCAUCGGGGUCCAGCAGAUCGACCGCGUGGUGGAGGUGGUGGAUGAAGCGGUGAAAGGUCACUCCGUACGUCUGCUGGGUCCGAAGAAAGAUAACGGCAAGCGGCUUGGCGGCGCUCGAUUGGAUUUGCCAAAGAUUAGGAAGAACCCACUGAUUGAAAUCAUUUCCAUCAAUACAGGAUGUUUGAACGCUUGCACGUACUGCAAAACCAAGCACGCUCGAGGAGACCUGGCCAGUUACCCCGUGGAGGAGCUGGUGGAGCGAGCCAGACAGUCCUUCCAGGAGGGAGUGUGUGAGAUCUGGCUAACAAGUGAGGACACGGGCGCCUACGGGAGGGACAUCGGGACGGAUCUGCCCACGCUCCUGUGGGAACUGGUGAAGGAGAUUCCAGAGGGCUGCAUGCUCCGCCUGGGCAUGACCAACCCGCCCUACAUCCUCGAGCACCUGGAGGAAAUGGCGAAGAUCCUAAACCACCCGCGUGUCUACUCCUUCCUGCACGUCCCCGUCCAGUCAGCGUCCGACAGCGUGUUGAUGGACAUGAAGAGAGAGUACUGCUGCGCCGACUUCACACACCUCGUCGACUUCCUCAAGGACAGGGUUCCAGGCAUCACCAUCGCCACCGACAUCAUCUGCGGCUUCCCUGGAGAGACGGACGAGGACUUCGAGCAGACAAUGGAGCUCGUGAGAAAAUACCGCUUCCCGAGCCUCUUCAUCAACCAGUUCUACCCCCGACCCGGAACUCCCGCGGCCAAGAUGGAGCAGGUCCCGGCCCAUGUGAAAAAACAAAGAACCAAGGAGCUGUCUGCGCUGUUCCACUCGUACAACCCAUACGACCACAAGGUCGGCGAGAGGCAGAGUGUGUUAGUCACGGAGGAGUCGUUCGAUGCCCAGUACUACGUCGCCCACAACAAGUUCUACGAGCAGGUCCUGGUUCCUAAAAAGCCAGAGUUCAAAGGGAAGAUGAUCGAGGUGGACGUCUUCGAGUCGGGGAAACACUUCAUGCGAGGUCGCCCGGCGGACGAGUGCACGGUCAUCACGCCAUCCAUCAGCCAGCCGCUAGAGAAGGGAGAGAUAUCCGGCCUCAGCCAGAAACUCAAAGCUUCAGGUGAAAAUGGCGUCCGCUCCACCCUGACGCCCGCAGCCUCGAUCGCUUCCUCAUGGAACUCAGACGGUCAAGGACUCAAGCUGCUCUCGGUGGGAUUGGCUCUCCUGGCUAUUGUAGUGGUUUUCAUCUUCGAGAAACUUCAGUGACAUUGAAACAGAGCCCGGCGUAUUGUGUCGAGAGUGUGUGUGUGUGUGUGAGAGAGAGAGAGAGAACGGCGAGAUCUGCCAAGCGUCACAUAUCUGCGAAGCGUCUGUGAGUUAAGGUCAAACAGAGGGAAUGUGUUUCAUGAGCUUUUGAGUUUGGCUGAAAUAACUCAAAGGAUUUUACUAUUUAUUGUAAAGUUUGCCUUCAGCGCAGAAAAGCAUUCUGUCAUCUUUUUCCUCUUUUUUUCAAAUCUGUAUUCAACUAGCAGAAAGGUUGUUUUUUUUAUAAUCUAUUGAAGGCACACAUUUUAAAAAUCAAGCUACAAGGACAUGCGGAAAACGCGUUUGAGUUCUGUUCGGUUUUUAAUUUGGAUUUUAUUUUGCUUUUAAAGCCUUUUUUUUCUUUGGCUUUAUCUGUGUUCAACAUCUCAGUUCAACCUUAUUAAACAAAACUCAGCACACUCUC